CCCGGGGCGCACUGAGGGAGUCCGGGCUGGCUGAGAACGAACGCGUCGGAAACCUCCCCGGAGGGGCCCCAUGUAAUUCGAUGCACGCUGUUAAAGCUUAGAGUAUAUUGUCUUCCCUUUUCGCUUAUGAAGCCUCCACCCACCGGCCCACCCUACAUUUAGCGGAUCAUGUGACUCGGGAGUGAGAGGAGAGAAGAGGAAAGGGAGAGGAGGAGACGAGACAGAGAGGACUGUGGAAAGGAAAACAGUCUCCUAGUCUCCACGGCUCUGCAGCUUUUGACAAGGCAGCCUAAGAAACAGGAUGUUAAUGCUUGACGGAAUGCCUGCAGUCCGAGUCAAAGCCGAGCCCCUGGAAUCGGAACAAGGGUCACCUAAAGUUCGCCCUUACUCUGCGAUGGAUGGCGUCCCCUUCUUCCUCAGCAGAGUAAAGUCGGAACCCCCCGAGGAUCUGCUUGCCCAUGACCUCCACUUCCACACGCAGACAGAACCUGUGGACCUGUCGAUCAACAAGCCCCGCCCCUCUUCCUUGUCCACCACCACCACUAGCAUAACCUCCUCGUCGUCGCCCCCCCACAGAUCCGCCUUCUCCCCGUCUUCGCUGUCGUCCUCCUCGUCCUCCUCGUCUUCUCCGUCGGUUAUCACCUCGGCUUCCUCGGUGCUCACGCCGGGCCCCCUGGUAGCCCCCGGAAGCGGAGUGAGAGGUCAGCCGUAUUUGCACAUCCUGCAGUCUGUGCCGCCGCCUCCGUCCAGCCCCCUGAGCCUGCAGGGAGCCGGGAAGUUGGCCGGCCAUGUUCACCGCAUCCCAGUUGUGGUGCAGUCACUGCCCCUCAUGUACACCACUGCAGUGCGAUCGCCCUCCAGCCUCAACAACGCUAUCAUGCUACCUCUGCUGGAAGAGGCCAAAAGCCAGGGCAAAGUACACACAGACCCCAACGGCCUGUCACCGAGGCAGAUCAAAAGUGACAGCGAUGACGAUGACCUGCCGAACGUGACCCUGGACAGCGUUAACGAGACCGGCUCCACGGCACUGUCUAUAGCCCGGGCUGUGCAAGACUCCAUGUCGCCGUUCAGUAUUGACAGCAUCCGACGCCCCCGGAGGUCAGAGUCUCCUGACUCGAAGAAGMGAAGAAUCCACAGAUGUGACUUCGAGGGUUGCAAUAAAGUGUACACCAAAAGCUCACAUUUAAAAGCACACCGGAGGACACACACAGGGGAAAAGCCAUACAAGUGCACCUGGGACGGCUGCACCUGGAAGUUCGCCCGCUCCGACGAGCUGACGAGGCAUUACAGGAAACACACGGGCGUCAAGCCCUUCAAAUGCGCAGACUGUGACCGCAGCUUCUCCAGAUCCGACCACUUAGCCCUGCACCGACGGAGGCACAUGCUGGUGUGAAGCACAACGGGAGCGACUGAGAGAAGAUGUCAGCAGAGCAGACGCAGCCACACACAUGCACAUGCACGCAAACACGCACACACACACACAUGCACACGCACGCAGGCAGCCGGGGGAGCGGGAUCUCCCUCUGAAUGUUUUUCAGCUGGCCUGGAUGCCCAAACUCACUCACGCACCCACACACACACACACACACACACACUCGAGUUGGAGAUGGAGAAGCURGAUGGACGGUCGGAGCAGAAAACAGGGUGACUUCCGGAUCCUCUCUGGAUGGGAAGGAAGCGAUGGCGGGAUGCUUCUCCGUCAUCGGAUAAUGAUGGGGAACUGCUUUUAACAGCACUGUUUGUUGAUGUUUAGCUUUGAUUUUUUUUUUUUUUUUUUAGGAUGAAGUGGCACUCUAUAAAUUUGGAUUUUACUCACUUUACAUUACAGCUGCUUUUCCAGCGUUCAUAAUGUGAAAGACCCCUUUGAAGUCAGAGCGGGAAGUUCGACCUGGUGUGGAUUUGAACAGGAAGAGACUUGGCCGGAGUUGGAUUUACAGACAGUAUUGUUUUUUUUGUUUUGUUUUUUUGUUUUUGUCUUGCCUUCCCGUGAGUUGA